AUGUCUGAGGAAGAACAACCAAAAUUUGAAGAAAAUAAUGAUAAUGGUGCUGAGAAUAUACCACCACCAGUUAAGGAUCCCAAGAGAAUUUUUAAUGAGGAAGAAAUUAAAAAUAUAAUCGGAGAGGUAGUAGAAAAAACAAUUUUACAAGAUUCAGCAUAUCUUCACAGUAGAAUAUCUCAUUGGAAUUCUACAAUAGUUGAACAAACAUUAAAGAAAUUAUCAUCAUUAAAUAAAUCUUUUAAAUAUAUUGAAUGGAGCUGGAAUACAUGCUACAACUACUUGUUAUUGGGAUUCAAGAUAUGA